AUGGCUUCCAAUCAAGAUACAUCUCAAACGGGAAACGCUGUUGUCACAAUAAAUAUAAAAACGAUUUGUAAAAAUAAAGAGUCAAUCACAUUGAUUUGGUUUGAUGAGAACAUUGGUCGAAAUCUGGAUGAUGUUAAAAAAACGAAGAAAAUGUUGCGAGAAAUAAACAGUAUGGUCGUAUUUUUCGAUGAACGUGACAAAUGCAUUGAGCAUAUACUCUCGAUAAAAGAUGAAUUAAUUUUUCUUAUUGUUUCUGGAAAAUCAGCACGAGAUAUACUCGAUGCUGCACGCUCAUCAAGACAAAUCGAUUCUAUAUUCAUUUUUUGUGCUAAAAUUGAAAGACAUUUGACAUUAAGAGACGAGUAUAAACGAAUUGCUGGUGUGUUUAAUAAACAAGAGGAUUUGAUAAGGUGUAUUCGACGUACACUCGAAUCCGUUCAUGAGCAACUAGCAGCUUUCAGUCUUUUCGAUAAAAAACAGAAUUCAACACGUGAUCUUACACAAAAUUCGGCAUCAUUUCUUUGGUUUCAGCUAUUCAAAAAUGUCGUUCUUGUAAAAAUGCCGCCGACAGCUGAAGCAAAAGAGCAAAUGGUGCGUGAAUGUCACAAUUUCUAUCGUGGUGUUGAUACCGCCACCCGCGAUGUUGUUGACUUCGCUGAAAACUACAAAUCAAAAGACGCUGUCGAAUGGUAUACGCGAGAGAAUUUCCUUUAUCAUAUCGUAAAUAAAGCACUAAGAACGGAAGAUAUCGAAGGAUUGUAUAUGUUACGAUUUUAUAUUGCUAACCUUUCAUCAAACAUAGUUGCUCUACACGCUACACAACAGUUGUCUCAAAUCACUGUUUAUCGAGGACUAAAACUAACUCGUGCCGAAAUUGAAACAUAUAAACCAGAUAGUCUAAUAUCAACAAACGGGUUUUUGUCUACAUCUCGUUCAAAGGAAACAGCCGUUGAAUUUGCAAAAAAACGAUCUCGAACACGCACUGAUGUUGAACCAGUCUUGUUUGAAAUAGAGGCGAACAAAAACCAAUCAAUAUUCGCCGACAUUGCUAAUAUGAGUAAAUACGACAAAGAAAAAGAAGUAUUGUUCGAUUUAGCAGCAACUUUUAAAAUAACGAGUAAUCAAUUUGAUGCAACUUUGGGGUUGUGGAUAAUCUGCAUGACAAGUACAAACGAAGGCGAAAAAGUUGUAGAAGAACAUAAAAAAUUGAUAGAAGAGGAACUGGCCCAGACAAAUGUUCACAUCAUGUUCGGUCAAUUAUUGGCUGAUAUGGGCGAAUUCGAAAAAUCUUUAAAAUAUUUUCAAACUCUAUUACAAAAGAAAGACUAUUCACGAAAAGAAGAAGCUAAUAUUUAUUAUAAUAUCGGCCGUGCCUACUGCUGUCAGGAUAAUUAUUUAUCGGCUGAAGAAAACUACUAUCGCGCAUAUGAAAUGCAAAUGAAAGCAAAACCACCGCGUACCCGUGACGCUGCUCGAUCACUAAAAGGCAUCGGUAUUGUUAAUAAACUAAAAGGAAACUAUGAUCAGGCACUUCAGAUUUACAGUCAAGCGUUGAAAAUGUGUGAAAAUAGCGAUAUUGAUCGUGCACGUCUCAUUAAUAAUAUGGCGUUGGUCUAUGUAAAGGAGAAAAAAUACAAUGAUGCCAUGAAAUAUCAUCGAAACGCAUUAGAAAUAUAUAAAGCACAACUACCGUCACAUCAUGUCUACAUCGCAUUAUGUCUAAACAGUAUGGGAGAUGUUUACGACAAAACAAAACAUCCUGAUGAAGCACUUUAA